CAUUUUUGUUUCCUGGUGACAAUGACUUUUCCAGUGAUGGCAUCAUUCAGUCAGACCAGGAGAGGAAGGAUUCUGACUUCACUGGGGUUUGGGUUCUCAAAUGGCCAUCGCUAUGCCACUGCCACAUGGUCACCUUCAGCCUGGGACUAAGAGUGGGGUCGGUGUUUCUACAUUGCUAUCCAUGUUUCUGUAGGGUGCCGUUAGUGGAAAUCAGCUCCACAGAGGUACUUCUUCAUCUCAAGUCCAUUUUCUGCUCCAGGCUUUAAGCAAAAGGCUUUGCCUGUGAAUUCUGCUUUCUCGUAGACCUCCCCUAAAUCUCAUUCAGCUCUCAGUUUGACCAGAGUCAAUUUAGUGAAGAUAAUGGAAUUACCUCUCUUCAGGUCAGUGAUGAUUUCACAUCCUUGAAUUUCAUGCUAAAUUUGCUGAGAAAAUCUCAGCUUCAGGAGCCAUUUUUCAGCAUUCUCAUUUCCCGGGGGUUCCCCAUACCCACCAGGGGCGGGUUUGGGUGGAUUUGGAGCAGCUCUGCUGGGCUGGAGCCCCUUUGUGCUCUCAGGAAAGGGUUAAAACAGUGAGGGCUGUGGACUCCUUUGCUGGGGGAGAUUUGUUCCGUCUGUUUGUUUGUUUGGAAGUGCUGGCAGGAAAGCAGGGAGGAGAAAAUUACCUAAGUGAUAGCGAGGUUGCCAUGAACUCUAUAAAACCGUGGGAUCGAAUCAGGCAAACUCCACCUCGCCGUCUUGAACCAAUGCACAACUCCUGACUUGAAACCCACCCCAGCACCGAGUGAGCUCAGGGACUUGAACUCCAACCAAGCACAUGAGCUCAGCAGUGCUGCAGAGCUGAACCCACGCGCGGUCCCAGCAGCACCCAGAGUUACGGGGAGCCCCGAGUUGGAAUGCUGUGCAGGGGAAGCGUGCACAUGAUGAAGUGGAGGCAGCUUUUCUGGAUCGCUUUCUGCCUUGUGAAGUUGUCUGGUACCGCUGCUGGCAGCCCCACAGACAGCUUAACUGCUGUGUCCUCGGCCGUGGCAACAGCACAGAGCAGCACUGGCAGUGUGGCACCCACCGGCGUCAUGGGCAGCACUGCACCAACACAGGACAGCAAUCCUGCCACUACUCAACCCACAUCAGGCAGCCCCAGCUCCCCAGGACUCAGCAGUGAGCACAGCCCUCAGUCCAGCACCCAUCCCAGCGCCCAUCCCAGCACCCAAAGCAGCACUCAGACCAACCAGACCCCCACACCGCUGCUGGACAACCAUCCAGAGGAUACAAGCAGUGGGGCACCCACCACGCUGAGCCCAACACCUCACCCCAGAACGACAGCAGCUGCACACCCAUCUGCAUCAACACUGCUCAGCUCCACGGCCACCCCCAGACUGACGGCGGUCUCAGAGGCCACAACACAGCUGCACACAUCUGGUGGUGUCAGCAAGCCCAUCACGUGCCACAACAUCAAAGAAGUGAGAGAUGGCGGAGCCCUCUGCCUGCGGCUCAACGAGUCCCACACCUGUAAACAUUUUUUGGAUACGAAGGGCUCGGAUUUAUGGAGCGCGAUCUGUGAAGAGGAUGCUCACCGUGUGCCCCCACCCUGCCAGAUCAAACUCGCCACGUCUGAGGUGGACCAGGAGUGCCUGCUGCUCGUCCUCGAUGGGAACACAGAUCCUGCUAUGGAUGUGCUCCGGGAGUCUCAUUGGGAAAAGUUCGGAAUCAAAUCCCUCGAACGGGGCAGCGUGCGGAGCCAUCAGGACUUUUCUCGGAAGACACUGACGGCUUUGGUCACCUCCGGGCUCCUGCUGGCAGCUCUGGGCAUGGCUGGGUACUUCCUGAUGCGGCGGCGGAGCUGGAGCCCCGCGGGACAGAGGCUGGAUGAAGAUCACUACGACCUGGAGACCGGCAGCCAGGGCAGCCCUGCACCGCAGGAGAAGCCGAGCGCCAACGGGGCGCAGGAGAACGGCGCGUCCCGCAACGGCCGCGGCACCGCGCAGAGCCUGGCCGACACGUCCAUGUGACGCCACGAGUGCACGAGUGCCUCACGUUGAACUUUUUCAUCUUUUUUUCAUCUUUUUUUUUUUUUUUUUUUUUUAAUAUAUUUUUUUUCUCGUCUCCGUGAAGAACUUCACCGUCGCCCCAAAGCACGUUGCGCUCCAGCUCCGCCUGGGGCCGUUUCUCUGCUCUCCCUCCUUCUUCCAAUGACUGCACAGGGAACUUCUUUACUGCCAUCCUCUGCUUUUGUUGUUGAAAGCACACGGUGAGAAACGCAGCUGAGCAGAGGAGGCUGAAGCCACGAUCCGAGUUGCAGCGGUGAUCUGAGCACCAGCAGCCCCAGGAUUUGGUGGUACCGUGAUUUAAAUAGUUAGAUUGGGAUUCCAGUGACACGAACCUUUCAGGUUUCAGGGAUUUAUGUUUUUUUUAUCUCGUCUUUAAGCACAGGACGUCUUCCUCCUUUAAAAGCAUGGGGUGUUUAAUCCCCUCCUCGCCCUUUGUGCCAUCUUUGACAUUCCUUCGUCUCUUAGAAUGUACUGAAGCUCCGUGUAAGACUUCCAACGUGGCAUUGAAGGCUGAAAUACAAACAGACCUUGAGCUCUGCUGACCCCACCGGGGUGCAAGUAGAUGUUUUAGAGUGUUUUGGGUCUCGCCCAUCUCCCAGCUUGGAGAUGGCAUUAACACAGCUGUAGUGAUCCAUCAUCACGUGGUCCCAUCACCUCACCCUACAAAAUGGAGCUUUGGCCUCCAUAGGACUUUGGGAACAGAAGAUGCCAAAGGGCUCCUGGUCAGACAUCUGCUGGACUCUGUGAUGGACGUUUCCAUUCAGACAAAAACAAAGCAUUUUUACUUUACAGUAACAAAAAGCCAAUGCUGAAAUGCCAAUAGCAGGAGCAAACCGAGGCGCCGUUCCCCUGUGAACUGCUUCUCCCAGCCCUCAUUUUAAUCAUCUCAGUGAAAAAAGAAAAAAAAAGAAAAAAAAAAGAGAAAAAAGAAGCAUUAGAAACGAGUGUCCUCAGAGCCGCCGCGUGUUCAUCCCGCUGGGACGUGGGGCUCAGGACCACACCUCAGUGAGCCCUUGUUUUGCAGCACAACGUGAUGACUCAAAGCUGUCCCACACGUCUGCUGGACGAGUGACGUGCAUCAAGUUAUUAAACGGCGUUUGUUUGAUUUUCUGA